AUGUUUACACCCAAAACUACCUUGGAAAAACCCUUCAAUGGAAGUAGUGAACCAGCUGCUGUUGCUGCUUCUGCUUCUGCUUCAUCAUCGAGUCAUGAGGUUCAAACUCUUCUUCAGCGUAAUACAUCGCAAUCUGGUGAGCGAAGAGGGCGAAAAAAGGCCGCCGAACCGGGGAGAUUUCUAGGCGUAAGGCGGCGGCCUUGGGGGAGGUAUGCUGCUGAAAUCAGAGACCCAACAACUAAGGAAAGGCAUUGGCUUGGUACAUUUGAUACUGCUCAUGAAGCAGCACUUGCUUAUGAUAGAGCUGCUCUUUCAAUGAAAGGCACACAAGCAAGAACCAACUUCAUAUACACUACUACUCAUGAUCACAACAACACUAGCUAUGAUUUUCACUCUCUCUUGUCUCCUUUUGAUCUCCAAGCUCUUCUGCCACCAUCACAACCAUUCAAUACUACUACUUGUGAUCCUGCUAAGCAAAUCUCCUCCAUUCAAGAAACUGCUCCAAUCCAAUCAAACAAUUCAAACUCUAGUACUACUUGGGUUGAAACUUCUUCACAUGAUCUUAUUCAUCAUGAAGAGAGUUUUUUCUUCUCCAAUGGUGAACAUGAUCAUAAUUCUAACUCAGGCUACUUGGGUUGCAUUGUGCCUGAUAAUUGCUUGAGACCUCCUUCUAGCGGUCCUAGCAAGCCUAGAGGUGGUUCAUAUGAUCAUAGCAUCUCUGCUGAGACUAGUUUUGUCUAUUCUUCACCAGAUAUUGUUACAAAUGUGCCUUACAAUGCUUCCAGUACUUCUACAAACUUUCCCAAUUAUUCCUUGUAUGAAGUCAACAAUAAUGGCUAUUGUGGAGAUGAGCAGUACUACAACUCUUGUGAUUUAUAUUCUGCCAUAUCCAACAACCAAGUGAUGGUAGAAGAUGGUGGUAGCAUGGAUGUUAUGUAUCCGACGACGGUCGUCGACAAUGCUGGUUUUGGGUCAUCUCUUCCUGGUUUUGGUGAUCAAGGAAUUGAUUUUGGCUACUCACUCUUUUGA